AUGAGUUUAUAUUUUGAAGAGUGUGCACCAUAAAAUAUGAGUUAAGAUUUUAUUAAGAGGAAAUAUAGAGGCAAAGAAAAUAUGUCAUUGAAUCGUAUUUCUACUAAGAUGAAUUCUAUCACUUAAGUUAUUGAGAAAUCACAAUAAUUCCAGAAUCUAAAAUUAAAUAUUGGAGAAUAUUGGGGAUAAGUCAAAUUAAAUAAAGCCAAUGGAAUAGGGUCAUGUCAUUUUAAUACAGGAGGAUUUUAUUAUGGAGAAUGGAAAAAUAAUACAAUAAAUGGAGUGGGAAUAUAUUUUUUUAAUAUUGGUGGAUAUAUAAAGGGUGAGUUCUAUGACGGAAAAGCAAAUGGAUAUUGUGAAUUAUGUUAUCAAAAUGGUUAGUUAUAUUUGGGUACAUUUAAAGAAGGAAAGCAAUAGGGAGUAGGAUUGAAAACAAGUAGAAGAGGAAAAGAAGUUGUAUAAUAUAAAGAUGGAAUUCGAGUAAAUGUUACUGAAGAACCAAUAUAAAAAGAGGAUAUUAAUUAGUUGUUAAAAAUCUAAUUGCCAUAAAUAUAUAUUCAUAAUGAUAGAACUGUUUAUGGAUUGUAAUGUGAUUUAACAGGUUUAGGUGUUAUCCAAUAUAAAAAUGGCAGAAUUGAUAUGGGAUAAUUUCAGAAUGGUUUUUUAAAUGGUAAGGGAAGAAUAAUAUUCAAAAGUGGAGAUAUUUAUGAUGGACAAUUAUAAAAUGGGCAUUUUUAAGGAUAAGGUAAUGAAUUAUUUAAUAAUAAAGGAUCUUAUUUAAAUUACAAUUCAAAAUAAAUGACAGAAGGGAUUUUUGAAAAGAAUUAAAUAAUUUCUAUUUAAAAUUAGAUCAUUUAAUAUCCUCCAAAAGGAAAUGAUGAAUAAAUAAUAGUUGAUCAAAGAAUCAUAAUAAAAAAUGUACAUCUCAAGACUCGAGGUAUUAAUGUUAAUUCUUAAUAUAAUUCUGGGAAAAAGACUACAAAAGUAAAUAAGAUAUAAAAUUUGAUUCAACAUAUGCUUAAUCCAGUUAAAAAUAGUCUCAAUAGUGAAACUGGUUAACAUGAAGUAGUUUUGGAUAAUCUAUUAUCUAGAGUAUAAUCACCUUAAUAAAGAAAGAAUCUUGAGUAGAUUAUUAAUUAAGUUACAUCACCAUAAAGAAUAAGAUGA